UUAUGCCCACAUGCCGCCUCCAUCACGAUGCCGCUGCUUGGGCAAUGGCUCAUAUCACCCAUAUGAAAAACCACCACUGAUCGGGUGUGUCUACUUCCCUUUUUUCUGUCCCAGCUGUCAAACGUCACUAAAACAUGACAUCAGUCCGUUACUUACGUAAACUUCGGAUUUUAUCAAAUCAGCGAUAAAAGUCGGGUGUAGGCGUUUUAACAGCGUCUUAAAUGAGUGAUGUACCAGUCUGAGUGUGGGCUCAGGAGUUAAGAACACGAACAUGGCUGCUGUGACUGCGUGGCGCUGCUCCACUUUGCUUUUUAUCGGACUCUCCAUGAUCUUCUCUGCAGAUCUGGAGAGGAUGGAAGUUAAAGUUGGACAGAACAUCGUCCUGCCAUGUCAAGCUGUAGGCGACAUCCAAUUUGUAAAGUGGGAAAGAGCUGACCUGGGAGUUGACUGUGUACUCAAACACCGCCGUGGUGAAGUUUUUCCAGACAGUCUGCAUCCAUCUUUUGAGAACCGGGCGCAUCUGUCGGACAGACAGAUGAAGGAUGGAAAUCUGUCUUUGAUUAUAAGGGAUGUGAAGAUUAAUGACAUUGGAACAUAUAAGUGUAAUGUCAUGAGAUCAUUGGGGGGUAAUUCCACCAGAAAUAUCAUUGACCUUCAUGUUUCUGUUCCUCCAGUCUUCAAUGUCAUCACAGCUGAGUCUGGACAGGACAUCAUUCUGCCAUGUCGAGCUCCAGACAGCAAUGUCAAAUACAUAGGUUGGACCAGAGCUGACCUGGAUUUUGACUCUGUGUAUCGUUAUGAAGAUGGACACUUUCGUCCAGACAACCAGCAUCCAUCUUUUAAGAACCGGGUGGAUCUGCGGGACAGACAGAUGAAGGAUGGAGACGUGUCUUUGAUUCUGAAGGAUGUGACGAGUAAUGAUGCUGACACAUACAUCUGUAAAGUCACCAUUAGCCGAGCAAGCAGGAGUGACCUCAUCAGCAUCAUCUACCUGAGUGUUGAUCCUCCAGGUCCACCAAAAGCUCGCCCAGGGGAUGGAUGGAUGGUUUUUGGAGUGGGAUUUGCUCUCUCACUUUGUCUUGUGAUUGCUGUUGUUGGGUUUUGCACGUACACAUAUAGACUGUCCCGGGGGGCCAAACGCUAAGCGACCUCAUCAGACCCCACAGCAGUUGUAUGAUCUGAGGACAGGCUGUUGAUUAGAAACAUCCAGAGUUUGAUUUUCUAUGAGUGUUUCUAUAUUUUAAAUUUCAGGAUUAGCAACUGUUUGUAAACUCAACUUAUUCUGUGAGUUUUGAACCACACAAAUUAGAAUUAUUGAGUUAUUACAGUAUAAUUACAUAAGCUCACUGACUCAACAACACCAACGCUGUGCAACAAUCUGAGUGUAGAUGAAGCUCUGUAUAUUAGAGACAAUCACUAAUCUGCCUCAAAGUGUUCAGGAUCCACUGAUCAGCUGCUGACAGAUGAUUGACUGAAUCUGGAAUUUGUACAUUUGAAAAUAAUGCAAAUAAAUUUUCAUGAAUGAAUGUUGAUCUAAAA